AUGCACAAAUAUGUACGGUCCAUUGUUGCAGCGUUCAUUCUCUUAUACUCCGUCGCUGCCGCCGAACUUGCUUCGAGGAAUUCUGGUCAUUCUCCGCAUGUGGGGAAGCGAAUGCAGGACGGUUUGCACUUGCCCCUGAGCCGGAGGCUUAUUCCUAAACGGAUUACGCUCGGUGCGGACACCGGCGUGGCGGGGCUUGGAGAUUAUUUCGACGUAACGUAUAGUGUCCUUAUAGACAUUGGCGGCACAUCCUUGCCUGUCGUCCUAGACACGGGUUCCUCAGACCUGUGGGUACUGUCCAACAUAUGUCAGGGAACAUGCUCCUCAGCAAAUACGACUCUUUACCCACCGAACACGUUCCACGAUAUAGGCCUAGAUGCCGCCCUAGUGUACGGCGAUUCGAAGACCGGUACGUAUGCGAGAGGGAUUGUUGGAUAUGAUGCGGUGUCGCUGGCUGGUCUCACUUUGCAAGAUCAGUAUUUCGCGGCGAUCAAUGAUACCAAUACAUCCGUGGCGCAGACCAGGUGCUCUGGGAUCUUUGGGCUUGGGUUUCCUCUCAACAGUGUGAUCUGGACCGAUGUGUUCCUGAACCAACGUCAGGUUUCGAGGCGACGCAGUCUUUAUCGUGGUGCAGUUUCCCGUAUCGCUGCUAUGCGGAGAAAUUAUGCAAUUCGCUGGUUUGACAAGUCCUUCCUUGGAAUUUCCUCGUCUCGAUAUACCGAUCCUCCCUCUUACCAAUCCAUGCCUCAGCAGAAACGUCAGGUGACGACCUCUUCCACUAUCAUUUCUUCUUUCAGUGUAUCCGGUCCAUUCAUCCCUCGCCUUGUUUCGCUCGGAGGGCUUGCGUCUCCCAUGUUCGCGAUUGCUCUGCAGCGGGACACCAUCGAAAUCGGAGGGAACGAAGGCAUGCUUUCCAUAGGUGGACUGCCACCUGGGGUCCAAAAUGAGAGUCUGACAUGGGUUUCUGUGCGUAAAUAUACGCUUCAACAAGACGGUUUGCCCCAAGGUUCUUCUCUCGAGUCAUAUCCCAUUGCUUGGGAGAUUCCAGUAGAUGAUGUCUUUCUUGACGGCGUGAAACUUCCGCGGUCACAGUUGACUUCUAGUAAUAUCUCAUUGUCAGCGCUAAUUGACACAGGAAAUUCUUUGAUUCGUGGUCCUCCUGAUGUCAUUUCGUACAUCCAGAACAUGCUGGGGGGACCUUAUUUCGCCUGUUCAUUUCCUCAUACACUGGCAUUCCAGAUUGGUGGUCGCAUGUUUCCUGUAGACCCAAGAGACUUCAUCAACCAGGUGCGCUCCGGAAACGUACAAGUGUGUGGGGCAAAUCUUGCACAGACUGAUGUGCCUGUUCUCGGCGGGGGUGGAUACCUGUAUAGCUGGAGUCUAGGGGAUCCGUUUCUGAAAGGGUUUGUUGUCCCAGAUCACUCAUCUAUUGCUAGGGUGCUCGCAGCGUUCUAUUAUGGCUCUUUCACGGGACUUUUGCAAGACCCUCCGCGGAUUGGGUUCCUGUCUACUGUUCCUUCUGAUGCUGGCCAACGCUUAGAGGAUGCUGUCUUGGCAGCAUCCGCAGAGCAGUAUGAUCUUCCUGGAACUAAUGUGCUUCCGCCAUCUUCCUUUUAUUCUCCAUUGAGCACUGGAAUCGGGGGGAUCCCUAUGGCAUCUCCUCUUUCCGGAUCUGUUCAUAAUGUGGGCGGAAGCAACCAAGCUGGGCAAGCAAGUGGUGCACGGGACGACAUGCAGAAUGCUCGCAUGAACGUUAUAUUUAGUCUACCAAUGAAAAGAUUCCACGGCUUUCUACCCGCUAUUGGUCUUCCUAGGACGUGGGACUGGAUCGAUGACAGGCUGUCUUCAUGGACAGAUUCCUUCAAACCAUAUCCCAUUCACGCAAGCGAGCCGGCCGCAUCCUAUGAUAUCCCUGAAUCGAUGCUUGACCUUCUUGUUUCAAGAACUGCCUCAUCGCCAAGACCAUUUCGUUUCCCACAGCAAGUUCUGGCAUAUGCAUACCUUCCGAGGACCGAUCAAUGUCCGCUCACCAUUAUGGUUUCGACUUCUGUCGAAGUCGCCAAUGAUCAGGGUCGCUACCAAGGCGUUCCUGGCCUAGUGUACCCAUCCGAUCCAGUUCGUGGUCGAAGGGAGAACACGACCAAAAGGAUCGGCGUUGACGUGGGCAAGACUCGGACACGAAGAUCUGCUUGA